GCAGUAACAUGCCGGUGGUUUAUGAUACGUUUAAAGCUCACCACUGUGCUUCCAUUUAGGUCUACAUGGAACAAUCAAAUGUUGACAUUUCCAGUAUACUUACGGAGGAUAUUAAACGGCAGAAGUGGGAAGCUGACGUCGAGACUUCUGUGCUCGUCAGCCGCUCAUCCAGUUCGCGAUGACGUUCGAAAACAUAAGAAGCCAAAACAAGCCUCAGUCCCGCAGGUAAUCCAAAGAAGUAAAAAAGCAAGAUCUUCAUGUCAGCUAAUUCUGGACCAUUUUGACCAGCAGUAUAGUGAAGAGCUCGGGGAUUUGUGGACAUCUGUGAGAUCUGUGUUGCUUGACCCUCCAGCGUGGCAGUAUGGGGUAUUGCUCAAUCGCUUCACUGUAGUGACAGACAUAAAGCGUGUCCUCUUGUCACAAGGCUUUUCCACACUACUGCCUCAGAAAGAAGCCCUGGCAUCGCCUGGUGUUUUGCGCACAGAGUUCAGUGCUGAAUGUCAAACGUCCAAGUCUCCUAGUGAUAACUCCCAUCUCCAGCUUGACAACAGCUCUCAAGCGCCCAUUCAGCAGGCUCAAUCAAAACCUCGCCUCGGUCCGCCCUCCUAUUCACCGCCGUGUUACAUCCACCCAAAUCCGCUGCGCUUUCCAUCCCAGGCUCACAGGCCGGGCCAGCUGAAGCAGUACUACCUCCUCAAUGCCGCCUCAUUGCUCCCAGUGCUCGCUUUGCAAGUCAGAGAUGGAGAGAAGGUUUUGGAUCUUUGCGCCGCUCCCGGGGGCAAAGCUUUUGCUAUAAUGCAGUGUGCCACCCCAGCAUUGCUCCUCUGUAAUGAACCCGAUAGUCACAGACGCAGCAGGCUGGCUAAAACCUUGGAGUCGUUCCUGCCGCACUCAUUGAGCAGCAGAGUGGCUGUCUCAGCCCGGGAUGGACGCUCCUUUGGGCAAAGUGAGGCGGGGAUUUAUGACAAAGUCCUGGUUGACGCUCCAUGCUCCAAUGACAGGAGCUGGCUGUUCUCGUCUGCUGGCCAGCAGGUGGAACAGAGGUUAAGGGAAAGAGGCAGGCUGCCGCAGCUCCAAGUCCAACUUCUACGGUCCGCGUUGUCAGCUGUGCGUCCAGGGGGAAUCGUGGUCUAUUCAACAUGCACCAUGUCCAGGUCAGAGAACUUUGCCGUGGUGGAGGCGGUGCUCAAAGACUGUCCUGAAGCCGAACCCGAGGACCUCUGGGAGGAGAUUGCAAAUCCCUUAUCGAGCUACUUCACAUUUAGCUCUGCUCACUGUGUUAGUGGACUGGUAUCUAACACCCAAUCUGUGCAGCCACAGUGUGACCGCGUAUCCUCAUAUAACCGCACACUGGGUAUUCUAGUCAUUCCCCAGCCUUGUAAAACCUGGGGGCCAAUGUUUUUGUCUCGGCUUAAAAAGAGGAAAUAAUGUGUCUUUUUCAGAAAAAGAUUUGUGAAAGUAUUUUAUUACAUUUUUGUUCUUUCCAUUCCAUUUUCUGAACCGCUUAUCCUCACGCGGGUCGCGGGAGCCUAUCCCAGCUAUCUUUGGGCAGGAGGCGGGGUACACCCUGAACUGGUUGCCAGCCAAUUGCAAGGUACAUAUAAGCAAACAAUCAUUCACACCUGCGGACAAUUUCGAGUCUUCCAGUCAGCUACGGUGCCGGCUUUUAUGCAUCCUAAGAAGCUAAAUAUUUACAUCUGGCUUUCAAUUAACAAGUUCAUUCAUUUACCAAUAACAAAGAUCCAAUUUUCAACUGUGCAAUGUUUCAUUAUUUGAAGGCAAAUCAAUAAUUUAGAGAUGCUGUUAUAUGAAUUCCCUUUGCUCUCAAUUAGAAAUCAAACACAACUGCAUAUAAUGAAUGGAGAUUUUGUCUUGUACACAUCUUGUUUUGAUCAUUUAACUAAAUUUGAAGGAUGAUUCUUUAGGGUCUGUGCCUUUAGUCAGAAUACCUAGGUGCACUUUUAUCAAAAUAACGUAGUACUUGGAAAUAUGUGAAGCUGUUCAUGUGAUUUCUAAAACAUGUCCUCUUAUGCUACCAGAAAAUGUAAGAGUUGAAGUUAAAGCUCCCCUGUGGUGUCCUACACAAGAUUAGCACCAUUUAAGUACCACUACAUCAAAUUAUACAUCCUUCAACAAAUCAUCAAGUUCUAUCAUCCCCCAGAAGCUCAUCACCUGAGUGCUGUCAUGCCAGAGUGGUCAGUGCAACUCGUACCCGGCUAGAAAUGAUCAGUCCUUAACUACAAAAUGGCAUUGAAUGCAGUAUACAACUCUUCUCAGCACUAAAAUGGCAGCAGGUAGAGCGGACGAGGCCAAACAGUCCAAAUUUGAAUAUGCACCAAAUACUACACUUUUAUAGACGCUGACCUCCUUGAUGUGGCUGAUUCAUGCGAUUAAGAUUCAUGCAUUAGCGCCUGAAGUACUGAAUAUAAGUUUGAAAAAGCUGGGGGGGAAAAAAAUCUGUAAU